ACAAGUCUUCACUUCACACUUUGUCCUCGCCCAGGACGCCACGUGACUUCGCCUUCUACCUGGACCCUACCUGGCUGUCAUGUGACCUCAGGUGGACUUCACCCUCACCCUCAUCCUCACCUCCGUCGACCGCCCGUCAUGGGUGUUGUUGUCCACCUGAUGAUGCUCUUCUGCUUCUACUGGACCUCUGCACUUUGUGCUCACGACAACUGCACCGACUACCAGCUGCAGUUUGAGAAGGUGUUCACGGUGCCGGGUGACGCCGCCAUGAUCAACUGCACCCUGGUCGCCCCCGACGUCUUCGACUUCGCCGCCGUGCCGUACGAGGUCAGCUGGCGCCGCCUGGAGACGGGCGAGGAGCUGGGCAAGGUCAGCGCUGGUGUUGUGGUGCUGGGAGAAACCUUGUGGCUGCUCAACGUCACGCUGGAGGACAGCGGGCAGUACCAGUGUGUGGUCAGAAGCGGCUCAGGUUGCUACAAACUGUCGACGGAGCUGCUGGUGGAGCGUCAGGGGGACGGCGAGUGCUGGAGGCCCCGCAAAGCCCCCCAGGUCCUGACGGUUGGCGUGACCGACACUCUGUCCUGUCCGCUCAAGGACGUCAUGAAAAAACUGGACGGCUAUGGCGUCCCCUACGCCGUCAGCUGGCGCAAAGGCUGCGAGCUGGUGGAGGACGGCGAGGCGGGACACGUGUACCGCAGCAAGGCCAGGCUGAAGAUCCUGGACGUGGACCCCCAAAACAAGGACUUCUAUACCUGCACGCUGACCUUUGACCUGGGCGGGGCCACAGUGUCUGUGUCUGAGACCAUCGAGGCCUGGGUCCAAGAGGAUUACUGCUUCCUGCCUCAAGUCCUGAAACCUGCCAAUGAAAUCUUCAAGGCACCCAUAGGUUCCAGGUUGACGCAUGCGUGUCAGGUAUUUGUUCCGUGCAUCGGGAAAGUCCCGCAAGAUCCGAUGGUGGACAUUUUCUGGCUGGCCGACGACGAAUUUGUCUUCAACACCGACGCCUCUGACCCCGUCUUCACCUCGCCACUACGCGUGUGGACUGAAGGCGAUCCCAGUAAAGGAGUCUGGAUGGAGCGACUGCUGACCAUUGCGCACCUGAAGGAGGAGGACUUCUUCAUCAACUACACCUGUAUAGCGCAAAGUGGGCGGGGCAUACCUCAGGGACACUUUGCUCUGCGGCCGCAAGAGCCGCCCGUCAUCGCCCCCAUCGGCGGCGCUCUCAGUGGCGUCACGCUAGUCUUCGUCGCCGCUGUCGCCGUCUACUUCCUCUUCAAGGUGGACAUUGUGCUCUGCUUCCGGAUGUCCUUUCCUGUCCUCUAUGCUAAUAAGGAUUGCGACGGGAAGCUGUUCGAUGCCUACGUCACGUACCCGCUGAACUGCGAGGUGGGCUUCGGCGACCAGGUGUGCACCUUUGCCCUUCACGUCCUGCCGCAGGUGCUGGAAAAAGCCUGCGGUUACAAACUCUUCAUAGCCGGACGCGACUGCCGGCCCGGGCAAGCCAUGGUGGACUCAGUGCAAGACAACAUGCUGGCCAGCCGCCGCCUUCUGCUGCUCUACAGCGCCUCCUCCUUCACGUGCAGCAACAGCAGCAACAACAACAGCAACAAGAACAACAACAACAACAACAGCAACAACAACAACAACAACAACAGCAACAACAACAUUGGCGAGGGCGUCUGCUUGGACGGGCGGCGUCAACACGAGUGUGUGACGGCCAUGCACAGAGCACUGCUGGAGGACACGCUCAAGGUGAUUCUGGUCGAGCUGGAAGAGAUGAGCCCGGCCCAGCUGGCUCUCUUCCCGGAGUCUUUGCGUCAUCUGAGAAGGAAGCAGGGUGCGGUGUGCUGGUGGAAGUACCAGAGGACCAGGAGGAAGUCCACCCCCAGGACGUGUGCGACCACACAGGACAAAGGGGACAUAUCGCCCUCGCUGUCUCCUUCCUCCAGGUUUUGGAAGGAGAUGCGCUACCACAUGCCAGUGAGGGGCACCAGGGGCGGCGCCCCCGAGAGGACCGCCCUGCUGAAGGUGUGACGUAUAUCGCUGGUCUCGUCACCUUAUCCCGGGUGGAAGGGUGACGCGGGUGAGUGCAAUGGAUCAAAAGUAAUGCCGGCGAGCCAGAGAAUUCAGAUCAAAAUGAUCUCAGGUCUUUGAGUUCAUGGUACGCAAUCCGACUCCUUCUUGACCAAGUAAGGGACUUUUCGUGUUGUGUAAGUGUCCCUAAAAACAAUCCAAUUAACCUUGGGCAUUAACCAAGCCGUGUGACUGCUCCUUAUGCGGACCUGCCUGGACUCGACAUACCGUGGACAGAUUGACAAAGCCUGGAUUUUGUGAAAUUCAAGUUACCCACACGCUUACGUCACCCCGAAUGGUCCUACUUUAUGACUUGCCCACAAUGAUGUACUGCUUUUACAAGACUGGCUGCCUGCUUUCCCCAAAGGAAGGUGGCGUUCCACCAUGUAGAAAAACAUGUUAUUUCGUAUGAUAACAGAUACUACGGUGUAACCGCUCCAAGUCGAGAGCUGCUUUUGCACCUUAACAAUAAUGGAUUCGAUUUAUUUAGCGUUUUUCUACACACUCAAAGCGCUUCACAGAGAAGUGAGAAGCCAUCAUUCAUUCACACCUGGUGGUGGUAAGCUACAUUCAUUCACACCUGGUGGUGGUAAGCUACUUUCAUAGCCACAGCUGCCCUGGGGUAGACUGACGGAAGCGUGGCUGCCAGUUUGCGCCUACGGCCCCUCUGACCACCACCCAUCAUUCUUAAUUCAUUCACCAGUGUGAGCGGCACUUGGGGGCAAGGGUGAAGUGUCCUGCCCAAGGACACAAUGGCAGCGAUUAGGAUGUCAAGAGGCGGGGAGCGAACCUGCAACCCUCGGGUUUCUGGCCCGGCUGCUCUACCCACUACGGUGGACUCUGACAACAGAGACUGGAAGCCAGUGUGGACAAGACAAUGUGUGUAACCGUGAACCUCGAUGCUUUCUGAAAGUUAGCGUUCUACUCUGACUGCGGGGAAUUGAACGUUUUUAGGCUUUGGAUUGAGAAAGUUCUUAAAUUGUUAACGAAUAGAAAGAACAAGAACAAUGGACACAUCGGAAGUUCCUUUUCUCACAGUAAAUUGCACCUUUUUUUUUUGAAAGAAAGAGACAGAGAGACACUACUACAGCUUGUACGACAAAUAGGGCUGCAAAGGGUCGGAAACUUUCCGGAAAUUUACCACGGGAAGUUAAAGGCCUACUGAAAGCCACUACUAGCGACCACGCAGUCUGAUAGUUUAUAUAUCAAUGAUGAAAUCUUAACAUUGCAACACAUGCCAAUACGGCCGGGUUAACUUAUAAAGUGACAUUUAAAACUUCCCGGGAAAUAUCCGGCUGAAACGUCGCGGUAUGAUGACGUAUGCGCGUGACGAAGUCCGAGUAACGGAAGUUAUGGUACCCGUAGAAUCCUAUACAAAAAGCUCUGUUUUCAUUUCAUAAUUCCACAGUAUUCUGGACAUCUUUUGCAAUUUGUUUAAUGAACAAUGAAGGCUGCAAAGAAGACAGUUGUAGGUGGGAUCGGUGUAUUAGCAGCGGACUACAGCAACACAACCAGGAGGACUUUGUUGGAGCGCUAGCCGCGCUAGCCGCCGACCUCACCUUGACUUCCUACGUCUCCGGGCCGCCAAACGCAUCGGGUGAAGUCCUUCGUCCUUCUGCCGAUCGCUGGAACGCAGGUGAGCACGGGUGUUGAUGGCUGGCGUAGGUGGAGAGCUAAUGUUUUUAGCAUAGUUCUGUGAGGUCCCGUUGCUAAGUUAGCUUCAAUGGCGUCGUUAGCACAGCAUUGUUAACCUUCGCCAGCCUGGAAAGCAUUAACCGUGUAUUUACAUGUCCACGGUUUAAUAGUAUUGUUGAUUUUCUAUCUAUCCUUCCAGUCAGGGCUUUAUUUUUUUGUUUCUAUAUGCAGUUAAAGCACGAUGCUAUCACGUUAGCUCGUAGCUAAAGCAUUUCGCCGAUGUAUUGUCGUGGAGAUAAAAGGCACUGAAUGUACAUUUCGCGUUCUGGACUCUCAUUUUCAAGAGGAUAUAGUAUCCCAGGUGGUUUAACAUACAAAUCCGUGAUCCACAAUAGAAAAAGGAGAGUGUGGAAUCCAAUGAGCCAGCUUGUACCUAAGUUACGGUCAGAGCGAAAAAAGAUACGUCCAUCACUGCCUCUCAAGUCCUUCACUGUAACGUUCCUCAUCUACGAAUCUUUCAUCCUCGCUCAAAUUAAUGGGGUAAUCAUCACUUUCUCGGUCCGAAUCUCUCUCGCUCCAUUGUAAACAACGGGGAAUUGUGAGGAAUACUAGCUCCUGUGACGUCACGCUACUUCCGCUACAGGCAAGGCUUUUUUUUUAUCAGCGAGCAAAAGUUGCCAACUUUAUCGUCGAUUUUCUCUACUAAAUCCUUUCAGCAAAAAUAUGGCAAUAUCGCGAAAUGAUCAAGUAUGACACAUAGAAUGGAUCUGCUAUUCCCGUUUAAAUACAAAAAAAUCAUUUCAGUAGGCCUUUAAGCUCGGGAAGUUUGGAAACGUUGACCAUUUUUGGAUUAUUCCAAGUUGGACACCGUCCAUGGGAAUGAAUGGGAAUAUAUGGGAAUUACAAUAACAGUAACAAGCAAUUACACCUCUAUUAAACUGAACCCUUGUGUAAUGUUCAUAUUGUUGUUACUCAGCCAGCGUUUGUGGGUCUGAUGGACCCCUCGCAUUUUGUGGCUUUUAAUGCCUCACAAUCAAACACUUUUAUGUUAAAAUACUGAACAGACGUUUAUUGGGAUAAGGUCAACAAUGCAACGGGUCCAUCAGACCCACAAACGCUGGCUGAGUAACAACAAUAUGAACGUUGCACGGACAUUUUCUCUGCCAGGUUGCAACAUUGUUUGUCAACACUGUCUGCUCUCAUUUUCUCGCACAUUUGACCCUCUGAUGUUCUGUGUACCUACACUCUGUCCUCCUCCUGUCUAGGCCUGCUCUGUGUGUGUGUGUGUGUGUGUGUGUUUUUGCUGUCCUUAAAAAUGGCCAACUCGCAUAACUUACUACUAUGCGUGUGUAUGGUCAAAUCUACCUAGCAACAGCGGUCGGUCCUCACAACUACAGAAGUGAAAUAUUUUUUUUUACUUUGUGUGUUUUGCAUUCUGAAGUGAGGUUGCAACUCUCUACUCCCAUCUAGUGCUUGAUAUAUUUUUUUCAUCAUUCUAGCUAUAGUGGAAAGGGGGGCCCUCACAACCUACUGACCAAACGUGGGUCCACACAAAGUAGGCAAGGCAUGUAUGCGUGUGUGUCUGUGUGUGCGUGCGUGUGUGUGUGUGUGUGUGUGUGUGUGUGUGUGUGUGUGUUUUCUGUCCUUAAAAAUGGCCAACUCGCAUAACUUACUACUAUGCGUGUGUAUGGUCAAAUCUACCUAGCAACAGCGGUCGGUCCUCACAACUACAGAAGUGAAAUUUUUUUUUUUACUUUGUGUGUUUUGCAUUCUGAAGUGAGGUUGCAACUCUCUACUCCCAUCUAGUGCUUGAUAUAUUUUUUUCAUCAUUCUAGCUAUACUGGAAAGGGGGGCCCUCACAACCUACUGACCAAACGUGGGUCCACACAAAGUAGGCAAGACAUGUAUGCGUGUGUGUCUGUGUGUGUGUGUGUGUGUGUGUGUGUGUGUGUGUGUGUGUGUGUGUGUGUGUGUUUUCUGUCCUUAAAAAUGGCCAACUCGCAUAACUUACUACUAUGCGUGUGUAUGGUCAAAUCUACCUAGCAACAGCGGUCGGUCCUCACAACUACAGAAGUGAAUUUUUUUUAUUUUACUUUGUGUGUUUUGCAUUCUGAAGUGAGGUUGCAACUCUCUACUCCCAUCUAGUGCUUGAUAUAUUUUUUUCAUCAUUCUAGCUAUAGUGUAAAGGGGGGCCCUCACAACCUACUGACCAAACGUGGGUCCAGACAAAGUAGGCAAGACAUGUAUGUGUGUGUGUGUGUGUGUGUGUGUGUGUGUGUGUGUGUGUGUGUGUGUGUGUGUGUGUGGGUGGGUGGGUGGGUGUGUGUGUGUUUUCUGUCCUUAAAAAUGGCCAACUCGCAUAACUUACUGCUAUGCAUGUGUAUGGUCAAAUCUACCUAGCAACAGCGGUCGGUCCUCACAACUACAGAAGUGAAAUAUUUUUAUUUUACUUUGUGUGUUUUGCAUUCUGAAGUGAGGUUGCAACUCUCUACUCCCAUCUAGUGCUUGAUAUAUUUUUUUUCAUCAUUCUAGCUAUACUGGAAAGGGGGGCCCUCACAACCUACUGACCAAACGUGGGUCCACACGAAGUAGGCAAGACAUGUAUGCGUGUGUGUCUGUGUGUGUCUGUGUGUGCGUGUGUGUGUGUGUGUGUGUGUGUGUCUGUGUGUGUGUGUGGUACACAGAACAUCAAUUUCCACACUUCUGUUAGCCCCGGGUCCAGUGGACCCGGACAUCUUAUAUGUAAUAGAAAAUGUGUAGGGGGGGUGUAUCAUUAAAUAUGUAUUCUGAUAUAUGUUCUUCACAGAAAAUGAGCCAAAGUCAGUGAGUCUCAGUUUGAAAAAUGUAUUAAUUGUAUCAUUUUUCUUUUAAUAAAAAUUGAAAACGGGUCCCACAGACCCCAACACCACACAAGGGUUAAAUACCAUAGAUCCAAUAUAUUUACCCCAGUAAUAUCAUCAAAGCUUACCUGCUGGGAAUGAUCUGUGCAUGUGAUGGAAGAAUGCACUGCACAUGUGAUGGAGGAAUGCACAGUGAAGGGUUGACAUGCUACUGAAUUUGCAUGAAAUCAGGUUGUUUUAGUUAAUAAUCAUGCUGCAAGAUCUAGCAUGUUGCCUUCAAUGUUCAUUCCCGUGGAAAGUUUCCAACUUUGAAUAUUCCCGGACUUUUGCAACCCUAACGACAAAAGCAACAUGUUUUCUCCAGUUGGAAGUGGAGUUCUUGUACGCUGAAAUGUGAACACUUCUACUGACACCCAUGAUGAUACAAAUGUUCUUUUUCAUACGUUGUUAGCAAACGUUGCCAUGUCAUGUCCCUUUUUCCCGGCGUGUGGUUUGAGUGGGGUCAUGUGACGGCCCGGCGCCGUUUGAUUGGUGGAACGGGAGUCAAAGGUCACUGGAGCUUCCGAAAUGUAGCGAGCGGAAUGAAAGUCAACAUAAGAAGUGUUUCUUUUGCACGGAAAUACUCAAGCAAAAGUACAAAAAUACUGCAUGUCGCAGUAAAACUGCUCUUACAAGUACAUUCCAUCCAAAAAGUGAUGUCAUGUCGUACACGUAACGCGUUAUUACCUACCUCUGCAGUAGUACCCGUUUUUUUCCGACCAAAAGGGACAAGCGGUAGAAAAUGGAUGGAUGGAUAUUCUGCAAAUAAUAUCAUAGUGUUGCUCAAAUGCUGGCUGCCUGCCUGCUUGCCUCCAGGGACGGUGGCGGUCCACCAAAUAGAAAAACAUGUUAUUUUGUAUGAUAACAGAUACUACAGCUGUAACCACUCUGAGUCGGAUAUAUAUAUAUAUAUAUAUAUAUAUAUAUAUAUAUAUAUAUAUAUAUAUAUAUAUAUAUAUAUAUAUAUAUGUAUAUAUAAAAUUUAAAUUGUAUUUUUCUUUUUAUCGCCAUAAACUUUGACACUGUGAUGAUGUCAUUUCCUGUUGUCUUCGUCAGUCGGGUAGGCUACUCGCUUGUUUGCUGAAGAGUCUGCAGUGACAACAUACAUUCCAACGUGUAUAAAAAACAUGUAUUGUGCACUUUGUGUUGUACAACACGUAUUACAGCACAGGAACGAGACCAUUUCUUCAUGUAGUUCCCUUUCCUUUCAACAUUUGGGAAGUUACUGUAUUCGUGUGUAAGUCCAAUAAAUGCCCCCUGGUGGUUGGCAAGAGCA